GAGGGCCAGGAGCUCAUGGAAUCCAAGCCUGAGUUUGAGCCAAUAGUGAAGGAGCGCCUGGCCCAGCUUCAUGAGCUCUGGGAAAAAUUGGAGUCCACGACUCAGGAGAAGGACCGGCUGUUGUUCGACGCCAAUCGCUCUGAGCUUUUCGACCAAAGCCUGGCUGAUAUGAAGAAGUGGUUGGCUGAGCUUCAGCAGCAGUUACAGAGCGGAGAUGAGGAUGUGAAGGAUCUUACAAACGCCAACAUCCUGCUCAAAAAGCACCAGAUGACGGAGAACCAGGUUCGUGACCGGGCACGAGAGCUGGAAGAGCUCCAAGAGGCUGUCAGGAAGCACGGGGGACCCAGGGAGGACCAGCCAGAGCUGGAGGCUGAGCAGCAAGCCCUGCAGAGUGAGUUCCAGCAGCUCCUCACGCCGCUGUCCCAGCGCCGUGGCAAGCUGGAGGCUGCCAAGGCUGUCCAUCAGUUCUACAGAGACCUGGCUGAUGAGCUUCUCUGGGUUGAGGAGAGGAUGCCUCUGGCAAUGUCACAGGAGCACGGAAACAACCUUCAAAGUGUGCAGAUGCUGUUAAAAAAGAACCAGACGUUGCAGAAGGAGGUCGAGGGCCAUCAGCCCCGUGUGGACGAAGUGUUGGAGCGAGGUAGAAGGAUGGCGGCCGCUGCCAGCACAGAGGAUAGGCCGGAGGCGGAGCGAAUCAGGGAUCAGAUGCAGGAGCUGGAGCAGGCGUGGGCUCGGCUGCAGGAUGAGAUGGCCAAACGACGGGAGAGGCUGAGCAGCUCCAACUUGGCCCAGCAGUAUUUCAAUGAUGCUGAUGAGGCUGAGGCGUGGAUCGGAGAGCAGGAGCUCUACAUGAUUGCUGAUGAAAAGGCUAAGGAUGAGCAGACCGCCAUGCUGAUGCUGAACCGCCACAUGAUCCUGAAACAGGCUGUCUAUGCUUAUUCCAUUCAGAAGCUCUCUGACCGUGCUCAAAAGAUGUUUGCAGAGGAACAUCCUCAUGGUGAGGAGGUCAUAAGGCGGCAGGGACAGGUAGAUAAGCAGUACGCCGGCCUGAAGGAGCUGGCAGAAGACCGCAGGUUGAAACUGAAGCACACCUUCCAUCACUUUUUACUAAGCCGAGAAGUAGAGGACCUGGAACAUUGGAUUGCUGAGAGGGACGUGGCGGCGUCCUCGCAGGAGAUGGGUCAAGACCUGGACCACGUCACGCUCCUGAGGGAUAAAUUCAGAGAGUUUGCACGGGAGACAGGGAUGAUAGGUCAGGAUCGGGUGAACAUGGUCAACCAGACCAUAGAUGAGCUGAUUGAAACGGGCCACAGCGAGGCAGCCACCCUGGCAGAGUGGAAGGACGGCAUUAACGAGAGCUGGGCUGAUCUGCUGGAGCUCAUCGACACCCGCUCCCAGCUCCUCACGGCGUCUUAUGACCUGCUCAAGUACUUUGAUGAUGGAAAAGAGUUGGUGACACAGAUUCAUGAGAAGCAGAAAGAGCUGCCUGAGGAUGUGGGGGAGGAUUUCAGCAAAGCUGAGUCCUUUCACAGAAUGCACGCCGCCUUUGAGAGAGACAUCACCGCCCUGGGCAAACAGGUUCAACAGUUCCAGGAGACAGCCUUGAGACUUAGAGCUCAGUACGCAGGGGACAAGCAGGACGCCAUCCAGGCCAUGGAGAGGGAGGUUGUUGAAGCCUGGAAGGGCCUGCUGGAUGCGUCGGAUGGCCGGCGGUCGCAGCUGGUGGACACAGCCGAGAAGUUCCGCUUCUUCAGUAUGGUGCGAGACUUGAUGGCCUGGAUGGAAAGCAUCAUUCAGCAGAUAGAGACUCAGGAGAAACCCAGGGAUGUCUCCUCUGUGGAGCUGCUGCAGAAGUACCACCAGGGAAUCCGUUCAGAAAUUGAAACCAGAGGAGCCAAGUUCACCGACUGCAUAGACCUCGGCAAGUCUAUGUUGAAUCGCAAACACCGCGACUCUGCUGAGGUCAAAGAGAAGCUGGUACAGCUGAUGGAAAAAAGGCAGGAAAUGAUGUUCAAAUGGGACGACAGAUGGGACUGGCUCCGCCUCUUGCUGGAGGUUUGUCAGUUUGCAAGGGACGCUUCGGUGGCCGAGGCCUGGCUGAUCGCUCAGGAGCCCUACGUGACCAGCAGGGAUCUGGGUCAGACGGUGGACGAGGUGGAGAAGCUCCUCAAGAGGCAUGAAGCCUUUGAGAAAUCCACUGCCACAUGGGAGGAACGCUUCUCAGCGCUGGAACGCCUCACUACGCUGGAGUUGUUGGAGCUGAGGAAGCAGCAACAGGAGAUAGAGCAGUUCAUUAAAGAUGAGCAGCGCUCAGAUAGAGAGAGCAGGAGAGAAGACACAGGCUUUGUAGAAGAAUCUUCGCAACUCCACACUAUUGAGGAACAGACCCUGUCCGGCGCGAUGGAGCCCAGUUCAGGUCAGAUGGAUGGGACUGCUGGUGACUCCACGGUGCCUAUCGUGUCAGAGAUUAGAGAGAGUGCUUCUCUGGAGCUGGAGCCCUCUGUCUCCAUUGUGACUCCUAAAGAACCAGAGAAGGCGGCCACCUUGCCAUCAGAGACCCAAAGGACUCAGAUGGUGCUGCAGGAGGGAAUGCUGUGCCGCAAACAUGAUGUAGAGGGUUCUGGAAAGAAGGCAUCUAACAGGACAUGGAACAACUUGUACUGUGUGCUGAGGCCAGGUCAGCUGUCGGCGUAUAAGGACUCCAAAAGCUUUGGUCAUGGAACGACUUAUCACGGUGAAGACCCCCUACCCCUAAGCAACGCCACCUGGGAGAUCCUCCCUAGCUAUAAGAAAAAGAAGAAUGUUGCCAAGCUGCGUCUGGCCGACGGAAGCGAAUAUCUGUUCCAGUGUAAAGAUGAGGAGGAGCUCCAGCGUUGGAACCAGGCCAUGGAGAAGGCCGUUCAGAUCCUGACAGAGGAGGAGGCCCCGGGCCCCUCGGGGUCCAAAACCCACAGCCUGCCCACCGCUCCCACCUCCUCUGCUGCCCUGCCUGAGCCCAGCUCUGCCAAGAAAGACAAGGAGAAGAAGUUUAGCCGCUUUGCCAAGAAGAAGUGAAUGAAAAAAGGAGAGGCGUCUGGAGACGGUGUUGCCUAGGCAACCAGGGAAGAGGAGGCAGUGCGUGAGGAGGCCCUGUCGGAGCAAGCUUUUUAUCAGUUUUUUUAUAUGAUUUUUCUGAAAAAUAACUAACAGUGUUGUUUAGGUUUAAAGCCAUCACUAUUGCCUGUAUUUAUGCGCGUGUGAGAUUACAAAGGUCCAUUUUUCUUUGUGUUUAGAGUAAAUUUUAGUGGGUAAAUUAAAGCACAGGAAUGCUUCACACUCAACCAAAGAUAGUUUGUAAAACUUUGCUUUUCUAAGUUUUUUUUUUUUGUGUGUGUGUGUGUGCUCUGUUACAGCAUGCUUUGAUAAAGCCAUGUAGGACAUUAAGGUAUUUUCAUCAAUCUGCCUUAUAAAAUGGUUGAACUGUAAUACUGUGCUGUUUGAGUUCAGGGCACUAAAUGCUAAAAUACAGACGCAGAGUGAAAUAGAUUAUGUUUUACAGCAGCUUUGUAAAAUGCAUUGUAAAGAUUGUGGAGAUGAGUAAAGGAUUCGGCGCAGUGCAGAACGGCACACACACUGCAGGUUUAAUAGCAGUUAUGCAAACUAAAUGCUUUAUGCACUGGGAAGGAUCUGACUGAGGAGACCUUUUUUUAUUAUUAUGGUAGUGGUCAUGUAAACUCCACAAUCUGUGAGUUGAAAAUAUAAUCUUAUUCAGGCUGUAUUCUCAAUUUAUCCGUGGCAGUAGUUACCUUUGUGAUUUUCAAAUAUAUUAACACUUGUGUAAUGAA